CCUCCACCUGUGCGCCCACCUGGGCACGAGGGCAGGGCCAUGCCCAAAGCCCAGAGAAGGACUUUGCUUCCACCCAGGCUCUGCCAGUCCUUUGCAAACCUCAGAAUUGAAGCAUGUGCCUCAGGACCCUUCUCUCAGCUGCUCCACAGGCAAGCAGGGGCCCCGACAGAGGCAGGUCCGCCAGGUCAGGGGUCCUGCCCACAGCUGCGGCUCCUCCCCUCCGCAGCUGAACAGCCCUGCAGCCUCUUUCCGACGCCAGCUGGAAACACUACGGCAGAACAGCUCGCUUUGAAGGGCGCGGUUUAUUUUAAAUUCCUUACACCUUUACAUCACGUUUCAAACACCGCACAGAGCGGGACGGGGCCAGGGCAGCCGCCCUGGGGCAGCGGGACUCGCAGCUCACAGGAUCGUGGGGCGCCACCGGACCAGGAACGCGAAGAGAGCCCCGCAGUGCUUUCUUACGGGGGUGCGUCCCCGUGCCCACUGCGCACCCAAAAGGCAGGACGGGUCCUCCCCACCAUGCUGUCCCUCAGGCUACCGUUAGAGCCUCGAAUCCCAGACCACCCGUCACGCCACUGACUUCUCCACGGAGGGCUGCCGGACUCCCCGGUGUCCCCCGGGGUGGGGGCGGGGAGGAGGGCGCCUUUCCAAUAAACUCAGGACGCGCUGAUGUGUCCCCGGCCGAGCGAGCGCGGUUUCUGAGCAGCGCGUGUCGCAACGGCAACCCGGGGGCCCCGGCUCCGUCCAUGCCGGGGAGCGAGCGCUCACACGCCGAGCUGCGGCUGCACUUGCUCGGGGCUGCCCAGGGGUCCCCUCGUGCCCCCGCCCAGCUCUUCCCCCACGGUCUCCGGGCGGCCUGAGACAAGCCCGCGGGUCCGCCACCUGGGGGUGGGCCCAGAACCCGCCCCCGCCCCCCGGCCCAGCGCUCCAGGGCAGGGCUCCCGCCGACCGCACGUGCAGGGACGGAUGCGCUCGGGCACCGCCGGCCCCCGAGCUGGGUGCGGGGACAGACCCGCGGCGGCGGCCUCUAGGAGGCAGGGAGACCGGACGGCACGAGCGCCGCGCUGGGGCAGGCUCCGCCACGGUGCCGCGCGGGAGGCCCACGCGGAAGGGCCGCAGCCGGACUGCGGGGCCGGGAGCCCCGCAGACCCUCCUCGGCGCCGCGGGGCCGCGCGCACAGCGGGCUGCGGGGGUGGCCAGCGUGGCCAGCGCCCCCCGGGGACGGACCUGGAGAGCCGCCGCCCCGCCUGCCCCGACUCCGCCGCGGCUCACCUAGCUCUGGGCCGGGCCGUCCGGCCGCGACCGGGAGUCGAGCCCCGCAGCAGGGGGCGCCGGGCGGCGAGCUGGGCGCAGGCGCGGGCCGGCAAACGUGGAGGGCGUGAGGUCACGGCGCACGGGCGGUCGUGCGCCGGCGCAGUGGGACGUAAACACAGGCGCGCCGGGGCCCGCAAGGGCGGGCGCAGGCGCAGUGGGGCGAGGAGGGCGCGGCGCAGGCGCAUUGGCCGCGCUCGCGAUGGGCGUGGUGUUGACGGCGCCGCGAUGGCUGCUCGCGGGUGUCGGACCCGCGAAGCCCCGGGCCCCUCUCAGAGCCCGGCCUCCUGA